CGAGCGGCCAACAGGAAAUAUUAAAGUACAGACUGAAACGGCUCACGCGGGAAACGAAAUCCGAAUUUGGAAAGUUCGUGAAUUUUCACAAUUACCUUUACACGUACGUUUCCAACGUGCAGAAGACAUUUAACGUGAUGAUUGGUAUACAGCUUCUGUCGAGUACUCUAGUGGUGUGCUUUAUCAUGUACCAAUUGUCGAACAUUUCGCCAACGAGCCCCACGUAUUUGCAGUUCAUCAUGUAUAUGGUGUGCAUGACAACGCAGAUCUUUAUCUACUGUUGGUACGGCAAUCAACUAAAAUUGAAGAGUCUCGAUCUUUCAAACACGAUUUUUGGAAGUGACUGGACGGUGCUUGACAACAACGCUAAAAGAGCUCUUAUGGUGAUCAUGAGACGAGCGACAGUGCCCAUUGAAUUUACCAGUAUUUACAUUGUGCCGAUGAAUCUCGAAACUUUCGUGAGCAUACUAAAAACUUCUUACUCGGCGUACAACGUGCUCCAACGAGGUAAGGGAUAG